AAAUGUGUUGUUGAACUUUGCUGGAGUUAGAAUACCGCUCAAGUCUCAACUUUUGAAUAAAUGUUAGGUUUAAAUAACAUGUACCACUAUAUUCUGAGAUAAAGAUUUUACAUCGGUGUAACUAUGAUGUCAAGAAAUUUAAGUAGAAUACUAAAAUUUUCGCUAUUUGGUGGCGUGACCAUAGGAAGUGGUUUUGUGGCUCUAAAAUAUCAUGAUGCCGAUUCCUUGGCCAUAGUGAGACUCAGCAGAACUGCUUACACUGCGGUUGAUAUAGGCAGGACUUACCAGUCUAUGUUGUAUAGCAAAGAGUGGGAUAAAAGUUCCAAGGAGUAUUUGACACUCAAAAGUGAAGCUCACCAAAUUGGGGCAGAGAAACUGCUUAAAUUAUGCAAAGCCAACAAAGGUGUGUACAUAAAGGUUGGACAACAUGUUGGAGCUCUUGACUACUUGCUGCCUAAUGAGUAUGUGCAGACAAUGCGUAUUUUACACAAGGAUGCUCCCAAGAAUACUGUUGAAGAGCUGUAUGAUGUUAUAAGGCAGGAUCUGAAACAAGAUCCAGAAGAAUUAUUUGAUGAAUUUGACCCUGAACCAUUAGGCACUGCCUCCCUUGCACAAGUUCACAGAGCUAAGUUAAAAGAUGGAUCUGAAGUAGCAGUUAAAGUACAACAUCAUUUUGUGAGGAAAAAUACCAAUUUUGACUUAAAAUGGAUGGAGUUCAUCAUAAAUACUAUGACAAGAGUGUUCCCCGAUUUCCAAAUGCAAUGGCUCAUUGAAGAGACCAAAAAGAACAUUGCAAAAGAAUUGGACUUUCUGCAAGAAGGUAAAAAUGCUGAGAAGGUUGCAGAGAUGUUCAAAAACUACACAUGGCUCAAAGUGCCCAAGAUUUAUUGGAAUUAUAGUACAGAAAGGGUGCUAGUGAUGGAAUAUGUCAAUGGAGGACAGGUCAAUGAUGUUAAUUAUAUUGAUAAACACAAAAUAAGCAGGCCUGACUUAUGUACAAAGUUAGGAGAUCUGUACUCGCACAUGAUAUUUGUGACUGGUUUUGUGCAUAGUGAUCCCCAUCCUGGCAAUAUCUUAGUAAAAAAGGAUCCUCAGGACAAAGAUGUCACUGUUUAUCUAUUGGACCAUGGUUUGUAUGCACAACUAUCAGAGAAGUUCCGAUACCACUAUUCAAAACUUUGGCUGUCAAUAAUAGCAAGGGAUAAAGACCAAAUGCGGGACCAUGCAGAGCAAUUAGGCAUAGAGAAUCAUCUGUAUGGAUUGUUCGCUUGUAUGGUAACAGGUAGACCAUGGGAUGUCAUAGAAAAAGGAAUAGAUAGAACCAAGCCAUCAUCUGUGGAGAAAUCUACGUUCCAAAACGAGCUACCAAAUUUCUUGCACUACGUGACCCAUUGUUUAGAGCAUGUCGACCGACAAGCGUUGCUCGUUCUAAAGACUAACGACCUGAUCCGCAGCAUAGAAUACGCCUUGGGAAUGCAGGAGAGAAUGUGUGGAUUCAUGGUGAUGUCCAAAUGUUGUACCGAGAGCAUAUAUAAACUUGAAUUUAAGAAAGAGAGGUCACUACUAAAAAGGCAGUUUCUGAACACAAAAUACGUAUGGUCACUGUUUGUGCUAUACAUUUACGGGAUAUAUUUGUCAUUGAGGAUGAAGUUCAACAUUUCUAGCUGAGAAUAGUGUAUUCAGAGUCGGUAAUAUGUAUAGAGUUUAAAAAUCAACAUAAUGUAAAUUGUUAUUACGAUUUUAAGAUGUGUAAAUAUUAUUGACACUGACUGUAAAACUAUUUUUAUAUGUGCUCCGUGUUAACCAAAAAUAUUUAUUAAGCUUAUGAUGCUUUAGAAAUGUAAUAUACUAUCAUGGAAUAGCUGUCAUUUGUAAGUCAAUUUUAGUUGUGAAUAUUAUUUUUCUAUAAUAUAUCAAUUAUUAUGCUGAGAGACAGA